AUGCCUCUAGACACAAUAUACCUCACCCGCCAUGGCCACCGCCUCAACUGGACAAUCGACUACAAAACCGGCACCUACCACGCCCAAUUCCCUACUCCAACCGGUAACCCAGCAGACCCAACCCUAACAUCUCACGGCGUGCGCCAAUCCCACGAACUGGCCGCCCAUUUCACCAGCGACAACAUAUCCCCCAAGCCGUUUCGCAUCUACAGCAGUCCAUUCUACCGAUGUCUGCAGACAAUCCAACCCACUGUCGAAGCAUUGAAACAGCAGCAGCAGACAUCCACCUCCUCCCCGGAUCAUAUCAACGAACCCCCCGCAAUCGACACCCACGCCGACCUAACCGUCCGCACUGAACCCGGCCUGGGAGAAUGGUUCGGCCCUACAACCUUCUUCCACCACCCAACCCCCGCACCGGCCUCAGUCCUAUCCACCCACUUCCCUACCAUCCUUCUCCCAUCCCAACAUGAACAUGUACAUGAACACGGACAUACCUACAACCCAAUCCUCCACCCCUCCACCCGCGGCGAAACCAUUGCCCAACUCCACGACCGCGUCGCAACUACCCUCUCAGCCCUGAUCACCUCCGUCGACGAGGAAAUAUCCACUAUCGAGAAAUCACUCCCUCCUGCCCAACGGACCAGCAAAGCAAUUCUGAUCUGCUCGCAUGCUGCCCCGCUGAUCGCUAUGGGACGGGCCUUGACGGGGAUAAUGCCGGGGGAUUCUUCGGUUGAGGAUUUUAAGGUGUAUACGGCCGGGGUAAGUACCUUCGUCAGGAGGAGAGGAGGGGAGGGGGAGGGUGUUAGGGAUGAUGGAGAAGGGGAAGAUGGUGGUGAGCUUGCGCCGGGAACGGAGGUACUACUAGAUGGAGGGGUGAAGGUUCCUGAUUGGAAGGGGGGCAAGGGAGUUGCUGGGGGGUGGGAGUGUGUGAGGAAUGGGGAUUGUGGGUUUUUGAGUGGUGGGGCGGAGAGGGGAUGGCACUUCGAUGGUGAUGAGUCGUUUGAUACGGGUCCUAUGGCUGGUCCGUCGGCUACCCCGACUUCUAGUGUGGAGUCGUCGGUUGAGACUGAUUUGGGGGGGAGUAAGUUAUAG